UUUUAAUUCAUAUAAAUAUAUUAAUAUACAUCAUUAUAUUAUUAACCUAACCAUCAAUGUCCAAUAAAAUUGAUAUCGGCGAGGAAAAACCUGCCAAAAACUAUGGCUCGAUGGCAACAUUAGCACAAAUGUGCGCCACCAUAGCACAGAGUUUUUUAUUAGUGGGAUUAGGUAUGGAAUUAACAAUGUCAACGAUUGUAAUUCAAGAUUUGUACAAUAAUCCAAAAAGUGAUUUUUCGUUGACAACGUCUCAAAUGUCGUGGUAUGGAAGUGUAUUAUUUAUAUUUCACCCAACCGGAAGUUUUCUAUCGGGAUUCCUGCAGGACAAGUUUGGAAGGAAAAGAUGUAUGAUAGUAGCCAACAUUCCCAGUAUUUUCGGAUGGAUAAUGUUAUACUUCACACACUCCGCAUUUUCACUGUACGCGUCAACUAUUAUGAUGGGCUUGAGCAUAGGAUUCAGCGAAGCCCCAAUACUGUCGUACGUCGGAGAAAUAACCGAACCUAGACUUAGGGGAAUGAUGGCUUCGUUGACGUCUGCAGCAGGCAUGAUAGGAAUGUUUUUGAUUUACCUUUUAGGAUAUUUUUUUGAAUGGAGAAUUGUCGCAUUACUGAGUACACUUUGUCCGAUCACGUGCAUAUUCCUUAUCUUAUUGAUUCCGGAAUCUCCUAUAUGGUUGAUCGCCAAUGGGAAAUACGAAAAGGCUAAAGAAGCUCUGUGUUGGUUAAGAGGAUGGGUGGAUCCCGAAAUGGUCAACAUCGAACACCUCGAGUUAAUUCAAUAUAAUCAAAUGUCUGGAGUUCGAAAUGGCGAAAAUAAUAUUAAAAAGAGUCUAUUUUCAAAAAUAGCCCAACACAAAGAUCCUUCUGUUUACAAACCGUUAGGACUAGUGAUGGUUAUUUUUUUUAUUUCCUACGUAGUUUGUUUGUUACCUUGCAAACCAUAUUUUACUCAAAUAAUGAAUGAAGUUGGUUUAUCAGCUGAACAAAGUUUAUUGUUGGUUUUUUUUGCCAUUCUACAAAUCUUUGGAUGCAUAGUACUAAGUUUGUCUAUCAAUCACAUGGGAAAAAGAUUUUUAACUCUAGCGUCAGUUUUUAUUAACUCUAUUUUGCUAAUUUCAUUUGGUCUAUACAUCAUAGCAACGAAUAACAAUUACAUCAAAUCAAUUCCUUGGUUUCCCAUAAUGGUGUUAAGCGGCAUUUCCUUGUUCGGAACCUCUAUCAAUACUUUGCCUUGGAUGUUAAUUAGCGAAAUUUUUCCUAACAAAAGUCGAGGAGUCGCCGCUGGAACAUGUGCAGCUUUAUCGUAUUUACUAAUGUUUAUACUAACAAAAUCAUAUUUAACAAUUCAAAUUUGGUUAACCUUAGAGUAUACUAUGCUUCUAUUUGGUGGUAUUGGAUUUUUUGGAUUAGUCUACAUAUAUUUAUAUUUGCCGGAAACUGAAAAUAAAACGCUAUUAGAAAUUGAAGAACAUUUCAAAUAAAAUG